AAACAAUUUUCAUUCAGAACAUCGCUAAAGCAAUCACGAAAAGCAAGAUUCAACCCGAAUUCGAGACAUUGGAAGGGGAAUUCGCUUUGAAACUUUUACUCUGCGAUUCGAAGACCGAGCCGCUGGUCACUGAAUUUUUUGAAAAACACGGUCACCGGGGACCCUUCGAAUUGGAUAUUUAUGCGACAGAAUGGAGUAAAUCACCGGAAUUGCUUGUGCACACAUUGAAGACAAUGCUCAAAGAUCCGAAGCUUAACGAUGAAAGGGUUGAAGAAGCGGGAAAUCUUGUUGAUGUUCUUGAUCAACUCAAAAAUAAGCCAAAAGGGAUUUCAAGAUCUUUAAUGCAGUAUAUGGUCAAACAAACGCAUCAAGGAGUCUCAAAUCGAGAAAACGCGAAAAAUCUGCUUGUCAAGGCGAAUGUAGCAAUUCGGAACUCAAUUCGUUUAUUGGCUGACGAGCUGCAUAAAGAGGGGAUUCUCACCGACAAAGAUCUCGUCUACUACUUGACUCUUGUUGAAAUUCGGGAACUGCUCAAGACUCGAUCUCCUCGUUUUAUCGCCAGGGCAAUGAGAAGAAGACAGCACUUCCCGGCACAAUCCGAGCAUAAAUAUCGGCAUGUCACUUGGGGAUGCGUGGAGCCGGAAGCCCCAGUGGACUCGAUGAAGUUCAAAUCGUUGGCCGAGUUGAAGGGGACACCGGUUUGCGAGGGACGAGUGGUGGCUAAAGCGAGAGUGGCAAAGAAUCUCGAGGAAGCAAAGGAGACAAAAACUGGCGAGAUUCUGAUCACUUGUUUCACUGACAUUUGUUGGUCACCGUUCUUUCCGAUCAUUCAUGGUCUAGUCACAGAAAUUGGAGGCUUGCUUUCACAUGGAGCUGUAGUGGCUCGAGAAUAUGGUCUGCCAAGUUUGAUCGCUGUUCAACACGCAACUGAGGUUUUUAAAACAGGUGAUCUUGUCGAGUUGGACUCGUUCGAAGGAGUGAUCCGGAAACUCGAAAUGAAUGAUAUAGGCAGAGAA